CGAUGAAUUAAAGAUCAUUUUCAAACCUUUUUACAACGCCUGUAUAUAUCUACGUUUUAUAUAGGUUAAAACUUCCUGUUUUAGGUCAUUUUCUUUCAGGUUACCAUUUACAUACUGUCAGUCAAUCAGUUAUUUGUAUAACAAUACAUGGACUUAACAAAAUGGAUAAAUUUAAAUACUGCGCGUACGUUUAUUUGUACCUUUCACUUUCCACAGUUGCGAGCCUUGUUUGGACAAAUCACAGUACGAACGAAGAUUAUCCAAAUGUUGGAGAAGUCGAUGCUCUAGUCCCGUCAUCAUGUCUUAAUUUUCUUCCACUGGACGUUACAGGAAAUAAGAGUGCAGUUUCAUACAGCAUCGUAUCAGAACUUCCGGUAACAGGAGGAUUUGUGGUCGGUGGCGGUACGAACGGUAUUCACGCAACUGUCUUAAACUGCAAUUCAUCCACAAUCGUGCAAAAUAAAGUGAAUUUCUACACAGUGACUGUAAGAGCUAGUGACUUAGGUUCUGCUGUGGACAUCGUACUAUACGUGAUUGUUUACAACGUCCUAGAUCCUGGAAUGAGGUGCAAUUCAACUCGAGAAUGUAAACCAAGCUAUGUAUGCGAUACUAAUGCUGACCUGCCAAGCUGCACAAAUGCCAUUAACUUUGCCUGCUCAACCAACGUUUCCCAGUGUCCCACACAUGCGACUUGUUCCUCUGGAAUUUGCGAAUGCGCAGAUGCUUAUACACACAUGGGUGAACUAUGCUACAAUUUUCCAAACACCAAUUUUCUUCUUGUUGCGGACAUACCUGGCUUUCACGUUAUUGAACUGCAAAAUGAUGACUUCGGCGAUCGACUCUUCAACAAUUUAUCACACAUUGCUACCUCAGUUGUUGCCCUUGAUUAUGACUACGCUAGGGGCAGAGUAUACUUCACCGAUGUUGGAACACAAUCUAUUUACAGUUCGACAAUUGAUGGACAGGAUAUACAAAUGCAUAUCCACGAAAACAUUUCUAUUGUUGAUGGUCUCGCAAUUGAUGCGGAUGCAAGGCUGUUGUUUUAUACAGAUGCUGGAAAUGACAUAAUACGGAAAUAUAACAUUGAUAACCUUGCUGAUUUUCAAACUAUAAUUAGUUCGAAUUUAUCUGAUCCUCGCACAAUUGUUCUUGAUCCCACAAAUAGGAUGUUGUAUUGGACUGAUUGGGGCACAGCGACUAUUGAAAGAGCAACACACGAUGGACUGGAAAGGGAGAUUUUGAUAAAUGACUUUCUAUAUUACCCAAACGGACUCACGAUCGACUUCAUUGAGGGUCGUAUGUUUUGGGUCGACGCUGGCUUGGACUACAUUGGUUCUUCCAAUUUAGAUGGAACAAAUAUUUCAAUAGCGGUGACUUUUACCUCUAUCCAUGGCUUUGGACUUGAAUUAUACCAUGACCUUUUUAUCAUGUCUGACUGGGAGAGCAGGUCUGUGUCUUUCGUCUGGAGAAACGUGUCGCUUGGAGAACGUUUAUUUGGGUUUCAGAGGCCUUCUGAUAUACAUGUCUAUCUUGUUCAAGACUGUGGAGAGUUGAUCACGCCAGAUGGAACAGCUAACGGAACAGCGACGGUGUAUGGAACUAUUAGAUAUCUGACCUGCAACGCAGGGUACCAGCUAAAUGGAACCGGUUUCAUUCGAUGUGAAUCUGAUGGUAGUUGGAGCAUAACUUCAGCAUGUAUCGAAAAAGACGAAUGCGAUCCAAAUCCUUGUUCUAACGACGGCACAUGUGACGACUUAAUCAAUAGUUACAACUGCAGCUGCUCGCCUGGCUAUACUGGGGACAAUUGCGAAACAGAUAUUGACGAGUGCGAGUCCGAUCCGUGUGCAAACAAUGGAACCUGCAAUGAUGCAAUCAAUGAAUUCACUUGCUCAUGUGCGGCUGGAUAUAACGGAACGCUAUGUGAAUCAGAAAUAAACGAGUGCGACCCAGAUCCUUGUCUAAACGACGGUUCUUGUGAAGACCUAAUCAAUAAAUACAACUGCAUCUGCUCGCCUGGCUAUACUGGGAAUAUCUGCGAAACAGAAAUUGAGGAGUGCGAGUCCGAUCCGUGUGCAAACAAUGGAACCUGCAAUGAUGCCAUCAAUGAAUUCACUUGCUCAUGUGUUGCUGGAUAUAAUGGAACGCUAUGUGAAUCAGAAAUAAACGAGUGCGACCCAGAUCCUUGUCUAAACGACGGUUCUUGUGAAGACCUAAUCAAUAAAUACAACUGCAUCUGCUCGCCUGGCUAUACUGGGAAUAUCUGCGAAACAGAAAUUGACGAGUGCGAGUCCGAUCCGUGUGCAAACAAUGGAACCUGCAAUGAUGCCAUCAAUGAAUUCACUUGCUCAUGUGUUGCUGGAUAUAAUGGAACGCUGUGUGAAUCAGAAAUAAACGAGUGCGACCCAGAUCCUUGUCUAAACGACGGUUCUUGUGAAGACCUAAUCAAUGAUUACAACUGCAUCUGCUCGCCUGGCUAUACUGGGAAUAUCUGCGAAACAGAAAUUGACGAGUGCGAGUCCGAUCCGUGUGCAAACAAUGGAACCUGCAAUGAUGCCAUCAAUGAAUUCACUUGCUCAUGUGUUGCUGGAUAUAAUGGAACGCUGUGUGAAUCAGAAAUAAACGAGUGCGACCCAGAUCCUUGUCUAAACGACGGUUCUUGUGAAGACCUAAUCAAUAAAUACAACUGCAUCUGCUCGCCUGGCUAUACUGGGAAUAUCUGCGAAACAGAAAUUGACGAGUGCGAGUCCGAUCCGUGUGCAAACAAUGGAACCUGCAAUGAUGCCAUCAAUGAAUUCACUUGCUCAUGUGUUGCUGGAUAUAAUGGAACGCUGUGUGAAUCAGAAAUAAACGAGUGCGACCCAGAUCCUUGUCUAAACGACGGUUCUUGUGAAGACCUAAUCAAUGAUUACAACUGCAUCUGCUCGCCUGGCUAUACUGGGAAUAUCUGCGAAACAGAAAUUGACGAGUGCGAGUCCGAUCCGUGUGCAAACAAUGGAACCUGCAAUGAUGCUAUCAAUGAAUUCACUUGCUCAUGUGUUGCUGGAUAUAAUGGAACGCUGUGUGAAUCAGAAAUAAACGAGUGCGACCCAGAUCCUUGUCUAAACGACGGUUCUUGUGAAGACCUAAUCAAUAAAUACAACUGCAUCUGCUCGCCUGGCUAUACUGGGAAUAUCUGCGAAACAGAAAUUGACGAGUGCGAGUCCGAUCCGUGUGCAAACAAUGGAACCUGCAAUGAUGCCAUCAAUGAAUUCACUUGCUCAUGUGUUGCUGGAUAUAAUGGAACGCUGUGUGAAUCAGAAAUAAACGAGUGCGACCCAGAUCCUUGUCUAAACGACGGUUCUUGUGAAGACCUAAUCAAUGAUUACAACUGCAUCUGCUCGCCUGGCUAUACUGGGAAUAUCUGCGAAACAGAAAUUGACGAGUGCGAGUCCGAUCCGUGUGCAAACAAUGGAACCUGCAAUGAUGCUAUCAAUGAAUUCACUUGCUCAUGUGUUGCUGGAUAUAAUGGAACGCUGUGUGAAUCAGAAAUAAACGAGUGCGACCCAGAUCCUUGUCUAAACGACGGUUCUUGUGAAGACCUAAUCAAUAAAUACAACUGCAUCUGCUCGCCUGGCUAUACUGGGAAUAUCUGCGAAACAGAAAUUGACGAGUGCGAGUCCGAUCCGUGUGCAAACAAUGGAACCUGCAAUGAUGCCAUCAAUGAAUUCACUUGCUCAUGUGUUGCUGGAUAUAAUGGAACGCUGUGUGAAUCAGAAAUAAACGAGUGCGACCCAGAUCCUUGUCUAAACGACGGUUCUUGUGAAGACCUAAUCAAUGAUUACAACUGCAUCUGCUCGCCUGGCUAUACUGGGAAUAUCUGCGAAACAGAAAUUGACGAGUGCGAGUCCGAUCCGUGUGCAAACAAUGGAACCUGCAAUGAUGCCAUCAAUGAAUUCACUUGCUCAUGUGUUGCUGGAUAUAAUGGAACGCUGUGUGAAUCAGAAAUAAACGAGUGCGACCCAGAUCCUUGUCUAAACGACGGUUCUUGUGAAGACCUAAUCAAUAAAUACAACUGCAUCUGCUCGCCUGGCUAUACUGGGAAUAUCUGCGAAACAGAAAUUGACGAGUGCGAGUCCGAUCCGUGUGCAAACAAUGGAACCUGCAAUGAUGCCAUCAAUGAAUUCACUUGCUCAUGUGUUGCUGGAUAUAAUGGAACGCUGUGUGAAUUAGAAAUAAACGAGUGCGACCCAGAUCCUUGUCUAAACGACGGUUCUUGUGAAGACCUAAUCAAUGAUUACAACUGCAUCUGCUCGCCUGGCUAUACUGGGAAUAUCUGCGAAACAGAAAUUGACGAGUGCGAGUCCGAUCCGUGUGCAAACAAUGGAACCUGCAAUGAUGCUAUCAAUGAAUUCACUUGCUCAUGUGUUGCUGGAUAUAAUGGAACGCUGUGUGAAUCAGAAAUAAACGAGUGCGACCCAGAUCCUUGUCUAAACGACGGUUCUUGUGAAGACCUAAUCAAUAAAUACAACUGCAUCUGCUCGCCUGGCUAUACUGGGAAUAUCUGCGAAACAGAAAUUGACGAGUGCGAGUCCGAUCCGUGUGCAAACAAUGGAACCUGCAAUGAUGCCAUCAAUGAAUUCACUUGCUCAUGUGUUGCUGGAUAUAAUGGAACGCUGUGUGAAUCAGAAAUAAACGAGUGCGACCCAGAUCCUUGUCUAAACGACGGUUCUUGUGAAGACCUAAUCAAUGAUUACAACUGCAUCUGCUCGCCUGGCUAUACUGGGAAUAUCUGCGAAACAGAAAUUGACGAGUGCGAGUCCGAUCCGUGUGCAAACAAUGGAACCUGCAAUGAUGCUAUCAAUGAAUUCACUUGCUCAUGUGUUGCUGGAUAUAAUGGAACGCUGUGUGAAUCAGAAAUAAACGAGUGCGACCCAGAUCCUUGUCUAAACGACGGUUCUUGUGAAGACCUAAUCAAUAAAUACAACUGCAUCUGCUCGCCUGGCUAUACUGGGAAUAUCUGCGAAACAGAAAUUGACGAGUGCGAGUCCGAUCCGUGUGCAAACAAUGGAACCUGCAAUGAUGCCAUCAAUGAAUUCACUUGCUCAUGUGUUGCUGGAUAUAAUGGAACGCUGUGUGAAUCAGAAAUAAACGAGUGCGACCCAGAUCCUUGUCUAAACGACGGUUCUUGUGAAGACCUAAUCAAUGAAUACAACUGCAUCUGCUCGCCUGGCUAUACUGGGAAUAUCUGCGAAACAGAAAUUGACGAGUGCGAGUCCGAUCCUUGUGCAAACAAUGGAACCUGCAAUGAUGCCAUCAAUGAAUUCACUUGCUCAUGUGUUGCUGGAUAUAAUGGAACGCUGUGUGAAUCAGAAAUAAACGAGUGCGACCCAGAUCCUUGUCUAAACGACGGUUCUUGUGAAGACCUAAUCAAUGAAUACAACUGCAUCUGCUCGCCUGGCUAUACUGGGAAUAUCUGCGAAACAGAAAUUGACGAGUGCGAGUCCGAUCCGUGUGCAAACAAUGGAACCUGCAAUGAUGCCAUCAAUGAAUUCACUUGCUCAUGUGUUGCUGGAUAUAAUGGAACGCUGUGUGAAUCAGAAAUAAACGAGUGCGACCCAGAUCCUUGUCUAAACGACGGUUCUUGUGAAGACCUAAUCAAUGAUUACAACUGCAUCUGCUCGCCUGGCUAUACUGGGAAUAUCUGCGAAACAGAUGUCGAUGAAUGCCAAUCAGGUCCAUGUAGAAACAGUGGUUCGUGUAUUGACUAUGUUAAUCAUUACGAAUGCAGCUGUUCGCAUGGUUAUACUGGAUACGAUUGCGCAAUAGACUGUGGCGAACUUGUGACACCUGGCGGAACAACACAUCCUACAGAAGAUGCAACGGUCAGCGAUCUUACCUGUGAUGUUGGAUAUACUUUACAUGGGACUGGACACAUUUAUUGUGAGGGAGAGGGAGGCUGGAACAUCACUUCUGAUUGUGUCAUUAAUGAAUGCGAAGAACCCGUCACACCUUUUGCGACAACGAACGGAACUAAUACAGCAUCUAACUAUGGAACGUAUCUUCGUCUUGCUUGCAAUGAUGGCUUCACCUUAAACGGCACUGGAAUCAUACGUUGUGAAGCCUCUGGAGAAUGGAAUAUAACCUCAACAUGUGUCAUUAACGAAUGUGGUAUUUUGUCACCACCGGCACAUGGUAAGAUGGAUCUAACGAAUGCAAAUAAGUAUGGAUCGACCGCCGUCUUCACGUGCGAUGAUAGCUAUUACCUUAAUGGGAAGAGUUUCUUGAUCUGUCAAGCAAACAAGACGUGGAAUGGAACUACACCGGAAUGUGAAGCUAAAGCUAAUUAUGGUUCUGCUUGCGCUGAUGAUGAGGAAUGUGUCACACACGGGGCAACGUGUAAAGCCGAUGUUUGUAUAUGCGAUAAACUGUACAAUGAAGAUGCAGAUAGAUGUGACACAAUGUAUCUUUUCGAUUAUGGAGCGGCGGCAGGGGACGAAACACUAGCAAAUGAAAACGAUGUAUGCAGCGAAGCAAUUAUUUUCCCUCUUGGCAUCCCUUUGCUUGGCGAGAUGCACAAGCAAGCUUUCGUUUGCUCUAAUGGGCUGGUCAGUUUAGGAGAGAAAUAUUCCAAGCCGUCGCCACAGUCGCUUGAAUCGAUUAAAGACCAUUUAAUUAUCGCACCUUAUUACGGAGAUAUUGAUCAAUUCAAUCCAUCGGAUGGAGGGGUUUUCUACCGAUAUCAUGAUUUACUUAAUAGCUAUCCAAAUAUUUCAUCACCACAAGUAAAAUUGGUAGAAGAUAUUGUUGAGAAUCUUGAAGGAUUAAAGCAAUCUUCUUUUAAUGCAAGCUCUGUACUUUUUGUGACAUGGUCAAAAGCACGACCUCGACAGACAACGUUCUCUAAAGACAAGGAAGCGACAUUUCAGCUGGUUCUUGUUACAGACGGAGUCCAUACAUAUGCUAUGUACAUUUAUGAAUAUGCUCAUAUGAAUUGGACAACGCCUGAUCAUAAUCCAGAAAUUCUCAUCGGAUAUUCAAUUAGAAAUUCAACAUACUUGAACACUUACUCAUUUACACAAUAUUCUCUCAGAAUGGAUACAAAUGCUGUAACGGAAGGUGUAUCUGGACUUAUUUUGAAAAGACUUACAGACGAGAACAUGUUAAUCAAUAACUACGCCGUUGACUGCAUAACUUGGUACCGAAAAUACGAACACUUAAAGAACAGUCUCAAUGAUAUAUUUAUUACUAUGCCAAGAUGCCCUUGUGAUUUAAAGACUCUAACAUAUGAUCCAUGGUGGUGGUGGAGGAGUGAAACAAAUUCAAACGGAUUGUCUUGCUAUUACAUGUGGCCAGCGAGUAACUUUGGAGAACAUGGGAAGCAAUGUUGUUAUGAGGAUGGUUUGAUCGUGGAGGACAUGCCGAAGGCAGGUGGGCUGAUAAUUGCACAUUCGAAUAACUCACCACGCAAUAAUGCUAUGUUUGAUGUUAACCCGAAAGAAUGGUGCUGUGAAAAUUCCAACUUCUGCGACAAAUACUAUGAGCUACAUCCUAUUGGGGACUGCUACCCAUCGUCGUGGUAUGAUUUAGGCCUUUGUUGGGGAGAUCCACAUAUACGAACCCUUGACAACAUGGAUUAUACUUACAAUGGUCUUGGAGAGUUCACUCUUUUACGCCUGGCCACCGAAAAUGUCACUUUAGAAAUUCAAGGACGCACAUCUAGACCUUUAAAAGCAGACGGUACAUUGUCGUCUGCAACUAUCUUCACGGCCUUUGCAGCUUCUGAAAACGAAACUGGGGCAAGACUAUUUAUUGAGUUGAACGACGCAAAAGAUGAUAUAACGAUUUUUGCAAACAAGGCAGAUAUAACAAAAAAGUAUAAAACAUCGAAAAACGGAAAUGGUAAAAAGGAGUUUUCCUAUACUGCUACCGGUAUUGUGAUACAAAAAUCCGGGGAUGCAAUGGUUGUGCUUUUUCCUCACAGCGGUGUUUCUCUAAACAUCACUUUCGCUGCCGAAAUGCUUACUCUCAACGUAUUCGUUCCGAAAGAGUAUGAAGGAAAACCGUUAGGGCUGCUUGGAAAUUGUGAUGGCAACUCCUCCAAUGAUUUCAUUUUCCCAAACGGAACUUACUUCUUUCCAAAGAGGGACAGGGAAAUAUUUGCUUAUGCAAGUCUCUGGGAAAUUGAUGAUUCGUACUUUGAAUAUAGAAAUGGAACGGGUCAUUCGGAUUUUCACAAUGCCAGUUACAUUCCCUAUUUUUUGGAUGAGUUUCAAGAUGAUGAUUUAAAAACACAAGCAUUUGAUAUAUGUGGCGGGGAAGACAAUGUACAGUGUGUUUUUGACUACAUAUUCACGGAUGAAAGGAUAGCCAAGCAAACUUUAAGCGAUGACAAAAAGCAAAAGAUACAAAGGACUGAAAUAGAAAGGAGAACACCAGAACUUAAAGGGUGCACAGAAAUUCUAUUUGUAACUGUUGACGAGCCAGCUACAUGCAGUAUAACGGUUAGCGAUGACCCAGCGGUAGAGGUGGACUUCAAAGAUACCUUUGGUGUGGCGAAUACUUCAUUACAAAAGACUGGUGUGAUACGAGAAGUUGUUAUAACUGUGAAAGAUGAUUCUAAUCCAUCAGAUAUAAGGCUUACUGCUGUCAACACUGCUACAAAUAAAUCAAAAGAAUUAACUGUUAAGAUACUGCUAUGCAACUGUAGCGUUCACGGUCGAUGUUCAAGAGAAGAAAGACCUGAUCCGAGGUCAACAAACAUGUUUAAAUUUGCAAAAUGUGACUGUGAUGCGCAGCAUGAAGGUCCUACUUGUGAGUUUGUGAAAGAUGGCUGCAAAUCUGAACCUUGUCUGGACGGCCAACAAUGCUUCAGUUUGAAUGUCUACAAUCAAACUGCUUUGAACACCUCGUAUUUGUGCGGUCCAUGUCCAAACGGACUACGAGAGGAUGGCGAUAAAUGCCAAGAUGUUGACGAAUGCAAUGAAACGUUUCCAUGUGAACAAAUGUGUACAAACACACAAGGAAGCUACACAUGUAGUUGUAACUCUGGUUUUCGCAUUGUUUCUUCAAACACCACUCGCUGUAAAGAUAUUAACGAGUGUGACGAGGCGCUUGAUGAUUGUACACAGAAAUGCAUCAACACAGAAGGCGGAUACAAUUGCACCUGCUUCGAAGGGUUUAUAUUCGACGCCUUAAAUGAUAGCUGCAUUCCAGAUCCAGAAAACAAUUGUGAAAACGACACUUGUCCGGAAUCGGCAGUUUGUUUUUUAAAGGACGAUAGUGUCGGUUGUCUUUGUCAUAAAGGGUUUGAAUUUAAUGAGACAUCAAUACUUUGCAAAGACAUAGACGAAUGCCAACGAAGUGUUUGUAAUCAGAUCUGUAAAAACGUUGACGGAGGGUUCGAAUGUUCCUGUCUUCCUGGAUAUUCUCUGCAAGAUGAUGGAGCAUGUCAAGAAUGCCCAUUUGGAACCUGGGGUACUGAUUGCUCGGAAACGUGUAAUUGCUAUGAGGAGGGUACAGAGUACUGUGACAGAGUCAAGGGAUGCGUGUGCAAAAGUGGUUACAAAAACGAAAUAUGUACAGGAGACAUCAAUGAAUGCAUACUUAACCCUACAAUAUGCGAAAAUCCAAGAGCAAUUUGUCUGAAUACAAAGGGAUCAUUUCAAUGCAAUUGUCGACAUGGAUUUGAACUUAAGAACGGCGUUUGUGAAGAUAAAGACGAGUGUGCAAAUGCUCUCGAUCAUGAUUGCGACCAGAAAUGCAGCAACACGAUCGGCGGUUACACUUGUUCUUGCGACGAAGGAUACAUCAAUGUUAACAGAACCUCGUGCGAAGAUAUAGACGAAUGCCAGGGUAACCAAGGGGACUGUGCACAUUUCUGUGAAAACAAUAAUGGAUUCUUCCAAUGUUAUUGCAACUUUGGGUACAAACUUCGUGAUGACAGAACCAGUUGCGUAGAAAUUCAAAAUCCAUGUGCUGAAAUAAGUAAUCUUCAAUGUGAGCAUUUCUGCGUAGUCGAAACAAAUAAAGCGAAAUGUCAGUGCGAACGAGGAUAUCAGAUCGCCAACAAUGGACAGAAUUGCACAGAUAAAGAUGAAUGCAGCGACCCGGCGUUAAAUGUCUGUAGUGGUGGAGCUACAUGUUUUAACACUAAAGGUUCCUAUCAAUGUAAAUGCCCCAUCGGUAUGAAACUUGAAAAUGACCUACAUACAUGCACAGUUUGUGAUGAAUUUCACUACGGUCUGGAUUGUGCCACACAGUGUUACUGUAUUCAUGGAAAGUGCGACCAUAUCAAAGGUUGCAUUUGUGAGGAUGGAUGGACUGGUGAUAACUGUGAACUUGACCUUAAUGAAUGUGAAAGAACAACCCCUGUUUGCCCAACUGGAAACAUCACUUGUGUUAACACCCCGGGCACGUUUGAAUGCAGAUGUUCAACUGGAUAUCAAAACGUAUCAAACACAUGCUCAGAUAUUGACGAAUGCGCAAAUAGAGACAAACCAGUGUGUGAGCAGGUCUGUCAUAACACACUCGGGAGCUAUUCCUGCGAAUGUUCUGACGGUUUUGUGCUUAGACAUUCGUCUUGCGCGGAUAUAAACGAAUGUGACUCCGGAUCUGGAUGUGAUCAAGGCUGUGAAAACACUGUCGGCAGCUACCGAUGUACAUGCAGUGCCGGCUUUAAACUCGACCUCACUAACAGGAAAAAGUGUCUCCCAUUAAACGCGUGCAGCGAUGGUAAUACUACCGUUUGUGAAAACAAUAAUGCAACAUGCAUAAUGUUGGAUGGAAGAGCGAAUUGCAUUUGUAAAAAAGGUUAUGAGAACAAAACUAAAGGUCAAUGUGAAGACGUCGAUGAAUGUGAAAUGAACAACAACCCUCCCUGCAAAAGCAAGUGCAACAAUAAAGUUGGCUCAUUCGUGUGCUCUUGUGAGGAUGGGUACUUUCUGGAGAAAGACGGCAUAAGCUGCACAGACUGUAGGAAAGGUACAUAUGGACCAAACUGUAAGUUGCAAUGCUCUUGCGUUGAGGCAAAUACUGAAACAUGUAAUCUGUCAAAUGGUUCAUGUACCUGCAAUUCCGGCUGGAAAGGAGAUAAUUGUUCAGUUGACAUUGACGAGUGCAACAAUGAUAUCGAUAUAUGUCCACAUAACUCAACCUGUGUCAACAAUGAUGGUUCAUAUGUUUGUUCCUGUAACCAAGGAUUUGUUAAAGCCGGGCAGACAUGUACCGCUUGCGACAGAUUCACGUUCGGAAUAGACUGUGGAUCUACUUGUGGCAACUGUAAUACAGACAAUUCGCUGUCAUGCAACAAUGUAAAUGGAACAUGCAACUGCAGAACGGGUUGGAAAGGAGAGAAUUGUACGACAGAUGUGGAUGAAUGCAAAGACCAAUCUUCGUUGUGCACAGACAAGCUAAAUGCAACGUGUAUCAACACAAACGGGUCGUAUUCCUGCCAAUGUAUUCCCGGAUUUUAUGAAGUGGAUGGCAUAUGUGAAGAUAUAGACGAAUGCAAAGUUUCAGCUACUGAGUGCAAUCACCUAUGUGUGAACACAAAUGGUUCAUAUUACUGUACAUGUAGACCUGGACAGUUUGGAAGUGGAAACGACUGUACAUCGUGUGCUGAUAACAGUUAUGGUGUAAACUGUACGGGUAUAUGCCAAUGCAUGCAAGCAAACACUGAAUUUCCGUGUAACAAUGUAAGCGGACAAUGUACAUGUAAGGCAGGAUGGGAAGGGAAAACAUGCAGCGAGGAUAUUGACGAAUGUGUACGUGGGAACACGUGUAAAAACCGAGCGAAUUCCGGCUGCCAUAACACAAAAGGAUCGUACCUUUGUGGUUGUUUACGUGGCUUUGUUAUAGAUGGAGAUGACUGUGUAGUUGAAACCUUAACAAGCACUCCUCUUCCUGCUGGAACUAAAAGCGUUAAAAUGAGUGUUACUCUCCUAGUUAGUCUCCCCAUUGGUACAAAUUUGAAUGUUACUAGUACAUUCAACAGUGUUGCAGAGAAACUUAAACAAACACUGACGGCGCUUUAUACGGAAUACACCUCGAAAAACUUCUCCAUAGUUAUUGUGGAUAUCAGAUACGGUAGUAUUAUUUGCGACUAUUAUCUGCUCUACGACGCCCAGCAGGGAGUCGAGUUUGAAGAAGUCAUUGUUCAAUCAGCUUUGGAUAUAGCAGCAGGAAAAGAUGUCACAUAUGAUGGGCAAACAGCUUCUGCUUCAACAGACUAUUUUGGAGCUAAUGCGGAUCAAUGUGCGGUAUACCAAACGCUAUUAGGACGUUGCGAGCAUGGAUGUAUUGUUAACUUAAACAUCCCAUCUUGCAGGGUAUUUGGUAUGUACAAAUUCCGUGUGUGAUAUGGCAUGGAAACCUUUUUACAUUGUGCCAUCUUUCUUAUAACUUGAUAGUUUUCUAGGCCAAAAAUGUGAUCCUAUUUCAAAUUCAUUGCUCACGUGGAUAAUUUUCCUGUGCCUUUUAAACAGUAUACACCGUUUGUAGCUUUAAAGUGUACAAUUCACUACUAAGAAUGAAAAAAAAUGUUUAGCAUAAAUAAUAUAUCUGUAAAUUGUUCCUGAAAUGGCUAUUUAAAAUGAUGAUUUUUUUUAUUAUUAUCUUCCACUGGAUAUAAUUCAAUUAGACACAACCUAUCGAACGAUUUGGAUUGUGGUCGGAUCAGUAAUGGGGCUCCUGACAGUGCUUUUAAUUGGUGUAGCUAUUCGUGUACUUCGGACACGAACGCAGAGUUCGAAGCUCGACAAAAGGUUAGCUAAUCUACAUAGAAAGGAGCGUCCAAUGGCAGAGAAGAAGGUGCACAAGCCCGAGGGGACGGCCGAAGAACCUUUACCUGACUAUUCCGAAACAGACAGCACCUACCAUGACUUUAAUGAAGAACGUACCACUGGCGUCUUUAAUUCACCACCCAGAGUUAAUGGUAGACGGCAAGAAAAUCCUUCUAGAUACUCGACUUGGCAGAAAAUGGUAUAUAACAAAUUCGGAUACGAUACUUUUCAGGGAUUUCGCCGUUCGGUGCACUUACCAAGGAUUCAUCUACCGUCGUUCAGGGGAAACAAAGAGGAUGAAGCUAUCUAAACAAUAUCUCGCUUGUGUCGGCUUUCGAUCAAAUGCAUUUUGUGUAGCAUAAACAUUCUGCUAUUUUUCGUCAAAACCAAUUACCAGUGAUUUUCAAACAACUGUAUAUACUUAUCUUACAAUAACAAAAACAUUUUUGAGUAAUUGUAUUAUCCCGCCAACAUCUGUUCUGUUUAAGCUAAAACUGUUUAAGCUAUUUAGCUAAAACAUGACAUUUAAUGUUUUCGUUCUUGUUCGUUUUUGUUAUUCAUUGUUCUAUUUCAUACUCAUUUACCAUUGCUAUGUAUGUAUUUGUACAAAGAAUGUAUUGAAUUCUAACAGUAUAUCUACCAUUACAUUUUUGAGUAAUUGUAUUAUCCCGCCAACUUCUGUUCUGUUAAGUUUAUUCAAUCUUAACAGAAUUGUCUUUUUUGUUGUAGUACUUGUUCGUGUUCGGUGAUUUGGGAAGAAAUAAUAUUCACAAAAAUCUAUGACAAGUAAAGACCUUGCUUAUACUAUGGUUGUUUAAAUUGAAAACGUUCACAUCGAACAUGUACUAACACUUAACGAUAUGCAUCAUUUUGCAUUGCAUUGUGUCAUGUUAUAUAAGCUGAUUGGCGAUAUAAUUAUUAUCCCUCACCGGUGGAGGGAGAUGAACACUCUCAAAGGUGUUCGUUGGAUGCCAUUUAUUAUUGAUCAUGAAAAGUGAAAACGUAUAAUAUAAUGUGUGUACAAUCACAGAGUUGUAGAGCUAACGGAAUUAUUGUCCUUUUAUUUUCUACCCUAUUCUUUUUAAUUAUUACCUUUUUAUAUACUCUGUGGAAUAAUACUUAACCUGGAGUCUUUGAAAUGUUUGGCAAUGAAUCAUAUCUAUAUUCGAAUUUGCUUGUUAAAAUUGACGUCCUUCUGAGUAACUUUAUGAAUUGAGUAUGAACGACGUUAAAGAAUAUCAUUUUACCACUUGUAAUUAUAUCAAAGAAAUGAUGUAUAAGAUUCACACUCUGUGUAGGAUUCCCCGAGAUAGACACAAAAAAUAAUAUCACAAAUAUGUUUUAACUUAUUUCAUUGAUAGCUCGGGCAUAGUCUUUCAUACGUCAUUCAAGGUAUGCACAUAUUUUACGUUUACUUUUCGUGAAGGACUAUGCCCGAAGAUUUCACUUUCUGUAUUAAAAUGAUCUUGUGACAAAAUGCACUAGUUCCCUACUGAGGAUUACAAAAUUAAUUGUAAAUAUGUUGUACUCUUAUUUUCGUUCUACUGAGAACUAUUUAGCUAAAACAUGACAUUUAAUGUUUUCGUUCUUGUUCGUUCUUUUAUUCAUUGUUCUAUUUCAUACUCAUUUACCAUUGCUCUGUAUGUAUUUGUACAAAGAAUGUAUUGAAUUCUAACAGUAUAUCUACCAUUACUUUUAUUCUUGGAAUAAAACAGUUUAUAAUGUU